UCUUCUCCGCCGCCUUCUACUGCCACAGCCGCGGGUUCUUCUUCGUCGAUUUUUUUACAUCGGUCGGCACUGGUCGGAUUGUUGACCACGCCGGGUAGAGGUGGAGCCACGCUCUUCACUGGCAGUCACAAGUCUGCAAAUAUGAAAUAAAAAGAGAAGACGAAAGGUUUCUGCCACGGCUCCAACUACAACUGGGUAAAAGAGCUGCUGAUUAUGGAAACAUCCGGAUCUGUGACAUCCCCGUCGAUAAGCCCAGCACCACGCUGGAGCCAGGGCUCCAGCUUAGGUCUGCAGUACGGAUCUCUUGUGAACAGCGUUUCAUCACUUGCACCAAUUGCAGCAGAGGGUCCAGUCGCUCCAACCAAAUGGAGUUACAUAGCUAUAGCUGUGCUCUGCUAUAUCAACUUGAUCAACUAUAUGGAACGUUACACGAUAGCAGGUGUCCUUUCCAUAAUUCAGACAUUCUUUGACAUAAGUGACAGUACAGCUGGACUUUUGCAAACAGUUUUCAUCUGCAGUUUCUUACUGCUGGCGCCUCUCUUUGGCUACCUCGGGGACCGGUACAAUCGCAAAUACAUCAUGAUCGGGGGCCUGAGCGUGUGGAUUGUGACUGCAGCUGGGAGCUCUUUUGUCACAGAGUCGCACUUCUGGCUUCUUGUUCUCUUGCGGGCGCUGGUGGGUAUAGGAGAGGCGAGCUACUCUACCAUUGCUCCCACCAUCAUCGGAGACCUCUUCACUGGGGGCCGGCGGAGCAUCAUGAUCUGUGUCUUCUACAUUUUUAUCCCAGUUGGAAGUGGUCUUGGAUACAUACUGGGUGCAGGAAGUGCUGCUCUCACCGGGGACUGGCGCUGGGCUCUCAGGAUCACUCCCAUCAUGGGUCUUGUGGGACUCAUCUUAAUGAUCCUCUUGUGCCCGAACCCACCCAGGGGAGCCGCAGAAUCCCACGGAGGUGAAGUUACAGAGCAGAGCACAUACCUAGAGGACAUAAAGUACCUUCUAAAAAAUAAAAGUUACCUGUGGUCGUCGUUGGGGGUGACUGCUCUGGCCUUCCUUACCGGAGCCUUGGCCUUCUGGUUACCCACAUUCCUGUCCAGGGCUCACAUCGCUCAGGGACUCCGACCAAAAGUCACAAACUCCAGCGAACCCAGAGACUCCACUGACAGUUAUAUCUUUGGUGCUGUGACCGUGGCGACAGGGAUUCUGGGAGGGGCUCUGGGCACCACCUUGUCUAGACAGUUUAGGGACAAGGUGGCGCACGCAGACCCACUCAUCUGUGCAGUAGGCAUGCUGGGAUCGGUUCCUUGCCUUUUCAUCACCAUCUUCGUAGCAUCUGCGAGCAUUCCAGCCACUUAUGUAUUCAUCUUCUUCGGUGAAUUGUUGCUCUCACUCAACUGGGCUGUCUUGGCUGAUAUACUGCUGUACGUUGUUAUACCAACCAAACGGGCCACAGCUGAGGCGCUACAGAUUUCAGUUGGCCAUCUCCUUGGUGACGCUGGUAGUCCGUACCUGUUGGGAGUGAUCUCUGAUGCUAUAAGGUCAACUAAACCCGAAGAGGAUAACUGGAGCUUCCACAGUCUGAAGUACAGUCUCCUGCUCUGCCCAUUUGUUGGGAUCCUGGGUGGAGCGUUUUUCCUGAUAACUACCCUCUACAUAAAUGAAGAUCGGAAAGCAGUUCAGCGAUUGAUUGAAGGAGAUGAUCCACAGCCACAGAAAGUUCCUACACCAGAGUCCUCCAUGGAGAUGAACAAGAAGACAACUGAGUAAAGCUGGAGAACAAACUGGUGGACUCUAAACUGUGGGACUGGGAAUGACUGUGUAACCCGUCCCAGGAUCCUGUGCAGCAACAUCUCCUCGACGAUAAUUGCUGAUGUUUUUCCUCUUUAUGAACCAACACCUCUACUACUUCUGUAUUUGGACUUAUUUUAGGUAAAUGAUGGCACAGUGCAAUAAAUAAUGUGGAAAUCAUGUGAAUAAUAUCAGCUAAGGAUGUGAUGUUUGUUUUUAAUGUACACAGAACCUUUUAGAAAUGAGAGAGAAUGUACCGUCUUUGUUUAUAUGAAAAAGUUUAAAUUUAAUUGCAAUAUAUGCUAUGUUGUCCUUUCAGUUUCAAAGUAAAGAAUAUCCUUCUACUGCCGCCCCCCUCGCCCCCAAAAAAAGAGGGGAAAAGCGAUAAAUCUACAAAAACAAAGCAAUCGCAAAUAUUAUUCUUUUGUGUUCGGAGAUCCUUUUAUUUCAUAGCAACAUAAGACUAUACAUGUAGUGUGAGUGUUUCUAUCUUAGUCCAACAUAAAUUUAGUAAAUAAAAUUAACUUAGUACAAUAUUUUCUUCUGAAAUGGCUUGGAUCGUGUAUCUCAGAGAGCUAGUGUACUGAGAGGGGUUUAAAAUAAUUGGGCUCUGUUGCAGUCUUAUCAUCCACUUGUUGUUUUUUUGUUUUGUUUAUAUUAGAUUUCCAGAGGUGUCCAUGUUCGU